CUUCCAUGAAUUACUCAGGCUUAAUAUUAUAUUGACGUCGAAUUUAGGUCGCUAUUGUUUCAAGAUAAAAGACCGCCCACGAUGAUUUUUAGAUACCAUAUUCUAACUCUUCAUCAUCCGUAUUCUACAAUACCUCUUUAAUCUAUAUAGUUUAGGUACUUUUACCCAACAUUACUCAACCAUCAUGUCGCGAGCAGUUCUCAUCACUGGAGCCACAGGCAAGCAAGGCGGCGCUGUUGUGAGCGCGUUACUAAAAGCCAAUACCGACUUUGAGAUCCUCGCCCUUACUCGAGAUGCUCAAUCAGCCUCUGCUCAACGGCUAGCACAGAAGUCCCCCAAGAUCAAACUAGUGACAGGUGAUAUGGACACACCCGAAAACAUCUUCAGAAAUGCUAGGGAGAUAGCCAAAACACCGAUAUGGGGGGUCUUUAGUGUACAGGUAGCUAUAGGCGGCGGUGCAAAUGUUCGAAGGGAAGAAGCUCAAGGCAAGGCCUUAAUCGAUGCCUCGCUCAAGAACGGUGUUAAGCAUAUGGUGUACUCGUCAGUUGACCGUGGUGGCGCCAAGUCAGAUAAUGAUCCUACCGACGUUCCGCACUUCAGCAGCAAAUACAACAUCGAGAAACAUCUUUUGGAGAAGACUAAGGGCGGCGAGAUGGAUUGGACAAUCCUCCGACCCGUAGCCUUCUUCGAAAAUCUGGUCCCAGGCUUCCUCGGUAAGGUCUUCUCCACGAGCUGGAAGAUUACACUCGAGAAGGAUCAGAAGCUUCAGUUGGUCGCGACAAGCGACAUCGGCUUCUUCGCCGCCGAAGCGUUUAGGAAUCCGGAGCAGUGGAAGGGCAAGAAACUGAGUCUGGCCGGGGACGAGCUGACGUAUGAUCAGUUCACCACGGUUUUCAAGCAGAAGACGGGUGAUGAUAUGCCUACCACAUAUCAUUUUAUCGCCGCCUUCAUCAACUGGAUGUCGAAGGAAUUUGGGUCUAUGUUUAAAUGGUUCCGCAAUGUUGGCUAUGGAGCUGAUAUUGCGUCGCUGAGGAAAAUGAACCCUGGUCUUAAGGACUUUGGGGCGUGGCUGGAGACGGAAAGUCAGUUCAAAACUCUCCCAUAGGCAGGGAUUUUUCCAUAUAAUAUAGAAGUGUGGGUUUGUAAUAGCUAGUUAGUUUCUGUUUGUUAGAAGAAAUGGUUGAGACUGUUGCUAAUAUCAAUAAUGUUUUGUAUGCAAGCCAGGCUUCUCAUAUUUGGAGACUGGCGGUCUGUCAAUCAGGUUAUAUAUGAAGCCUUUAUACUUUA